AUGGGUUCUGGCGGUGUUUCUGCUAUAGCAACCGUGAAGAGGAUUCAGCAACAAGGAAGCAGGCUGGACCGAGUUUCUGGAUGGGAAUUGACUCUCACAGUCUGCAAGUUGGCUUCUUUUUGAGCUUCUUGGUCUGAUCAUUAUGGAUUGCAUUGGAAAAUCUAAAGAUGUCCAGGCACAGCUGGACUCAGUGGAGUCAGAGUUGGAGCUGGUGGAACUGCAGAUCGCUGAGCUGCUGCAGAAACAGGCAGAGCUGACGGCUCAGAAAAACGCUCUGCUGCUGCAGCUGGAGGACGCCUGUGAUGCUGCACAGCCUUCAUCAUCAUCAUCAUCCUUAUCGUCAUCUUCCUCAAAGUCCUCUGGGGCCAGUCCUGGGAUGAACAAGCAGGAGUUAAAGCGCUACGAUGGCGCAGAUUUCCCGUGGUCUGAAGAAGUCAAGCAGCACCUGAAGGACUCGUUUCAUCUCUCUAAGUUCAGACCACUGCAGCUGAGAGCGAUCAACCUGAGCCUGUCAGGCAGAGAUCUGUUCUUAGUGAUGCCCACCGGGCGAGGGAAGAGCCUCUGCUACCAGCUCCCUGCAGUCUGCUCCAAAGGUUUUACCCUGGUCAUCACCCCGUUGGUGUCCCUGAUGGAGGAUCAGAUCAUGUACCUAAAGUCCAUCGAGGUGUCUGCAGCCAUGCUAAAUGCAUCCAGCAGUAAGGAGCACGCCAAGACUGUCAUGGCCGGGAUGACAGACCCUAAAUCUCCCUUCAAGCUGGUGUAUGUGACCCCAGAAAAGAUUGCCAAAAGCAAGCUCCUCAUGUCUCGCCUGGAGAAAUCUUACAAUGCCAACCUGCUGAGCCACAUUGCCGUGGAUGAGGUUCACUGCUGCAGCCAGUGGGGUCACGACUUUAGACCAGAUUACAAACUCCUGGGCAUCCUGAAGAGACAGUUCCCCAAAGUCCCGCUGAUCGGCCUCACCGCCACAGCCACCAGCAGCGUCCUCCAAGAUUGUGAGAAGAUCCUGUGUGUGCAGCAGCCAAUCACCAUCACCGCAUCCUUCAACCGCACCAAUCUCUACUAUGAGGUCUGUGUUAAAGAUUCAAACAACGAUGCAUCAAUAAGCGACAUCGCUUCCCUGAUAAAGAGCAGAUAUAAGGACCAAUCAGGGAUUGUGUACGUGUUCUCACAGAAAGAUGCAGAGUCUGUGUCGUCUGAACUUCAGAGCAGAGACAUCCUGGCGUAUCCGUAUCACGCUAACAUGGAUCCCAACGAUAAAUCCAGAGUUCACCGCAAGUGGACCUCCAACAAGAUCCAGGUGGUGGUAGCUACAGUGGCGUUUGGUAUGGGCAUCGACAAGCCUGACGUCCGGUUCGUCAUCCACCACACAAUCAGCAAAUCCAUCGAGAACUACUACCAGGAGAGCGGACGAGCAGGUCGAGACGACCGUCCAGCCGACUGUAUCGUCUACUUCGGCUUUGCUGACAUCUUCAGGAUCAGCACCAUGGUGGUGAUGGAGAAUGUUGGCCAGCAGAAACUGCUACAGAUGGUCGACUACUGCCAGAAUGUGGACAGGUGUCGGCGCUCUCUCAUGGCUGUUCAUUUUGACGAAGUUUGGGACGAUGAAGGAUGCAACCAGAUGUGUGAUACCUGCCGCCAUGCAAAAGACUUCAGCACGGUGGACAUUACCCAGCAUGCUCGGCAGGUGAUGCAGAUCUUGGAGGUGGCAGUGUCGAUGGAUGAGAAGCUGACUCCUUUGAAGCUGGUGGAGGCCUGGAUGGGGAAAGGACCGGCCAAACGCAGGAAAAUGAUCCAGACGACGUCGAUGUCCCGUCCACAGGCCGAGGCUGUGGUGGUGAAGCUGCUGCUGCUGGGAUACCUCAAGGAGGAUUUCAGUUUCACUCCAUACACGACGUACUUCUACCUGAAACUUGGCCGGAAAGCUCCGCUCUUAAAGAGCCCGACACACACAGUCAGCAUGAAGAUGAGAACCACGGGGACGGGAUCUGCCACUGAGAUGCAAGCUGCUGAAGAAAACAGGGAUAUUGUUGACUCAGCCGUGGACAACUCUUAUCCUUCACAACCCAAACAGAAACUUUUUAAAGAACAGCGGAACCAGUCGAGGAAGAAAGACCUGAAACCAGAGAGUCAGACAGAGAAACAACCAGAAAGAGUGAAGAAACAGCUGGAGGAACGAUGUGAAGAAGAGGAAGAAAGCAGAUCCAGCACUCCUCAACACGUCAUUGAGGUUGAAAUCAACAUUAUAGAAAACAUGGACUGUCAGAGAACACCUUCACGUCCUGUUAGUACCAAACGUAAAUCCACCACCCCUCAGAGAGCACGCAGGAAACCCCGUACAGAAACGGCAACAGUAGACGGAGACUCAGCCACCCACACGGUGCCAAGCUCACCGUCUCAGGCCUCCUUCAUCUCUGAGAGUGCUGCCGAAGAGCUCUGCCACCUCAGGAACUACUACAGCAAACAGCUCAGGAGGAUCAACUACAUCUCCCAUGAGUACCUGGGGCAGCCUGCAGAGACAGGGGUGCUGGCAUGUAUCAGGGAGCCUCUGAGGAGCCUCCGCCUGCCAGGGAGGGUGACGAUCGCUCAGACAGCUCGUAGCCUGUGGACUCGAGUCAGUGGGAGGAGGAAGCUCAUUACCCGAUGAUUUCACAGAGUUAGAUUUUAUAGAUAAUCACACGUUCAUGCUUCUGACGUGAGUCUAUACUGGUGUCAUUUGGGAGAGGUAUAGUCAUGGCUAAAAAAGAAUGUAAAUCAAGGAUGAUCCACAGUUGAACUCCCCAUAAGUUGUUGAGAUAUGAGUUGAUUAUCAUGCCAUUAGUUUUGCCUCAACAACAGAUGUGCAGUCCUGAUCCAGGAUACCUGACAAAAUUAAGAAAAUGUUUUCAUCCCAAAAUAUCCACAUAGACAUAUCGUUCCCAUGAAGAAGCAGCCUAGGCAGCAUGAAAAAAAUCUGUCAUUGAUUUCUACAGGUGUGUUCAUAAAAAUGUGUUCACACCUUCUUUUGAAAUCACUAAAAUCAUUUAUCAGCUGUUGUAGGUUAAAAACAGCUUCCAGGUGUAGGAGUUGCACCAGUCAGACUUUGGCACCGUCUUGUGGCUACAAGCCUAAUCAUCACCUCAAGGAUCUGAUCUAAAAAAAACAGUAGAACUGUAUAAUUUUUUAACAACAACAACAAAAAAAACAAAUUAAAACAAAGAUGCUGGAAUAGAAAAUCUAACACAGUAACAUUAAACAUCCCUUAAAGGCUUCAACAUGUUCAUAUGUCAGAUGUCAUCAGCAGUGUUAAAAACAAACGACUCUCUUUUAUAUCAAACAUUUAAAAUCAACAAAUUAGAGUUGUGAAAGAGUUGUUUUUUGUCAGUAUGAGAUUUUUUUGCAUCUGAGGUGAGAAGUUUGGGGAGACUAAGCUGGAAAGUUAUCUGAAACAUUGCACUUAUCCUUCUUUAAUAUUUUCCAGCAAAUUUUCAUUCUUUUAAUUCAUCAUAUUUGGGGGGAAAAUAUUGUAUUAAACUACUGUUCAUGCAUUGACUUGACAUCAUUUUAAAUGAGGGUGCUCCUCAAUGAUUUCUCAAGAAUAAAUAAAGGUUGAGUGAUUGAUUGA